AUGGUCGUGUACAAUGACAAUGCCACACUCUUCAACGGAGUCUUUCAAAAUGUGGAAAGUGUUGCAUUAUUUUUUGACUGCCUGGGUUCUCACUUCACCUGGUUACAGUCCAUCUUCACCAACUUCCCUGCCCUUCUCAGCUUUGUGAACAAGAUGAAGUGUGUUACUGGGUUCUGCCCCAGGGAUUUUGAAGACUAUGGUUGCUCUUGCAGGUUUGAGAUGGAAGGGCUCCCCGUGGAUGAAGCUGAUGAAUGCUGCUUCCAGCACCGCAAAUGCUACGAGGAAGCACUGGAGAUGGAGUGCAUGUGGGACCCAUCAAAGAUUUCUACAGAUGUCAGCUGCUCUACUGAAAACCUGACCUGUGAGUCUGGGGAUCCCUGUGAACAGUUCCUCUGCGCCUGUGACAAAGAUGCCAUUGAAUGCCUUGUGAAUGCACAUAUUAACUCUUCCCUGAAUGGGCUGGAUGUCUCCUUCUGUCCAUCUCCAGUUACAGAAACAAUCAGCAAGAGAGAGCAGACAACACGUCAUACAGAGGAGCUCCUUCAUCGUGGGACUGAUGGAACACGGGCAGUGACUGCCUCUGUGGAAGAAGUGAUUUCUUUUGAGCCCAGUGAAAUGACCUUGGUGACUCCCAAAGCCAGAG